UCGAAUUGGGGGAGAGCUGGAGAGGGAAGCUCGUGAUGGUUGUGGCGUUGGAUUUUCAGGAUUUUCUUCUUCGAGCUAGGGUUCUGAAGCUCUACAGGCAAGCCCUAAGGAUUUCGAGGAGAGCGCCAGGCGAUUCUAAAGAUGAAUUAAGACAUGUAAUGAGACAGGAGAUGGAAAACAACCGGACUUGCAAAGACAGACAGCAGAUUAGAUUCUUGAUCAGCGAUGGAUUGGAGAGAUUAAAGAGGUUGGAUGAGACACUCGAUAUGCAAGGGCGAUAAUCCCACCGGUAUUUGUUAAUGUUAUCUAAAUGUUCUUGUUAACAUCCCCCGAUUCAUCGACAAAACAUACAAUAAUCCCAUUUGUUGUUUGAUUGAAUUAAAGCUUAAAUGAAUUCAAGAUGUUGUUCUAUUUACAAAA